AUGGCUUUCUCUCCAGAUCAACAAACCCUGGCAGUGACUGUGCUCUGCCUCACUGGGACGCCCCACAGGCUCCAGGAUGUGUCUGUGCUGGGCAGCCUGCCGCCUCUCUACCCCUGUCCCAUACAGGCCUCUGCUCAGAGCAGCCUCAGCCCAGAGACCCACAGCCUGGUGCUGCUUUUGAAGGUGAGCUCUGUGAAGGAGCUUAUGAGGUGUGUCCUGAGAAUAGCCAUAUACACACGGGAACCUCCCAGCAUGAGAGGCACCACGCUGGCUGAACUGGAGGCUGAUUGUGGAGGGAGAGACUGGGGAUCAGAGCAACAAUUUCACUUCACAAAAGAGCUCGAUCUAAACAAGUGGAGGACAAAAAAGAGUCUGAUAUCACACGAUGCACCGCCCUGUAAAGUGCUAAGCUGUCCUCCACAGAUCUACAUUUUGCUUCAGUAUCAGACUACGGACCACCGCAUCAAAGCCACGGUCCUCAGAGCAGAACACAUAGAAAACCUCGUCCACUCGCUGGCAGCAGCAGAAUACCAGGUGGUGAUCAAUCUGCAUAUUAAAGGAGUCAUGAUCAGCAGCAGAGAAACUGAAGGAAGCUCCUGUGCUCUGUGGGAUUCUUCUUUCCUGUUAGACCUGCCUCCAGGAGAGAUCACUCAGCUGCCCCUCCUGCUUGAGUUUGUUAUCAUGCAGAUCCUUCCUGAAGGAAAAGUUGUCGGUCGAGUGCUUAUCGGAGCAGAGGCUGCAGGUGCAGGACUCGCUCACUGGAGGGAUAUGUGCAGCCUGCAGGUGGAGCAGGCACGCUGGCACAUUGUACAACCAGUGUCUAUAGAGUGCUGACACUCAGUGGGUAUCCGAAGUUAAACAUAUCAUGUCACCUUUGCCAUGAAGGGCACACAGCUGGUGUUUACAUUGUAUAUCAAAUUGUUUGAUUACUGAGUUCAUUUGUGUGUGUAUAUAUAUGUAUAUGGGAAAUCAGCAAUAGCCUUAGUAAUGGCCUUAUUUCAAUGGAACAACCUGUUAAUACUCAGUUGGGAAGGUACUGUAAGUGCACAAAACAACCUUUGUAGAGUUCAGAAUGCAUGGUCUUCUAACAGAACAAUGUAUGUCGUCUUUCUAAAUGGAUCUUUUACAUUUUUUGAAGAACUUAAUAAUAUCUUAUAACCAUUCAGUCACUCGACAUGUAAAUAAAAGGAAAAACAUAAAGCUACUUGAAGUAAUCGUUUGUAAAAGUCCUGCUUAACAUCAGUCCUUGUUACUAAAAUCCAUGCAAUACAUUUAUUUUUUCAUGUGCACAUGGAAUUGUAUUGUUACUCUAAGAUAAUUUUUUUAAAUAUCUUGUUGGCUGUUGGACUUUCUGAAUGAUGUGAAGAACGGUAGUUUGUCAUAUGAAUAAAAGACAAGUUUUGCUUG